AUGAAAGAAGAGGAGGAAGUGGCCGAGCUGCUGAAGAAAAUUGAUGAUUAUUGCGAAAAAAUUGCGUCCUACGACAAUGAGGCCGCCAUGGUGGGUUACUGUAUUUUCUACACCGGAAAUGGAGAUUAAUAAUGUUUGUUUAUAGUUUGAUUCUUAGCGAAUGAUAACGCGUGCAAAAUUAACAAAGUGUUGUUUGUAUAGUGAUCAGUUUUCAUGUGGGUGGUUUGAUGAUUGAGAGCUCGGAAUCAUGUUUUUGGAUUUUUAAGUGGCCACUUAAGUGUUUGAACUAUAGUAUAGUUAUCACCAGCUUGAGAGAAAAUGUUGAAAUAUGUCUAAAUCUCUUAUUUCCACACACUGUCUCGCUGAAGAAUCUUAUAUUUUUUCUGAACUUUGAAACGCCGGAGGGCUCCCUAGAGGGGCUUUUGUAUUCUCAUUCAGAGAUUACCUUAAAUUCCGCAUGCUAAGCUGUCAAAAAGUGGCUUCUUUAGGGAUUUUAUUUAGUGGCCACUCUAGGGAUACUUUCUUAAAUCCAAUAUGCUAAAUCUUGAAAAAGUGGCCUCUUUAGGGGUUUCAGUUAGUGGCCACUCUAGGGGAGACUACCUUAAAUCUACUAUGCCAAAUCUUGAAAAAGUGGCCUCUUUAGGGGUUUCAGUUAGUGGUAACUCUAGGGGAGCAUGCUCGGGGUCCCUAUACGCCUUUUCAUUGCACAAAUCUCAACAAAAAAAAUUAAAGGACCCUAUAGGCGCCACUUGAGCAGGGUUUAGACUCUAAACCUCGUUUUCUUUAUAGGAUUUUUUUUUUCUCUAACCCGCUAGGGACUACUCUGGCGUUCCUAAGAAUGGAAUACGGUUUUUUGAGCCUCCUUUCUCAGAUUUUUAGGUCUUAAAAAAAUCACAUUGAAUGUUUAAUAUCUCCAAUCGCAACGACCGCAUUUGGAAUGGUUCGAAGUCAGAAUAAAGUGGAUUCAGUUAAGAUGCACCCGACCGAAAACAACUUGCGCGCUUGAAUAUGGAAGGCAUUUUGGAGACACAACGCUUCGAGCCAAUCCAAGUGCGACCAAACUGUUCUAGAUUAGAGAAAUCACUUAAGGGGUUUCUUUGAGAUCCCAGAAUAUAUAGAUUAUAUUUUCUUUGUGAAGUAGCCUUGAAAGAUGAAAUUUUUUUCUGGGAAGUUUUAAUUUUUUUCAAGUAGUCCCUUGAGGGGUUUCUAAAAAUGUUUUAAUUGAAUUUUGAACGUAAAUUUGAAGAUUUUUCUGACUUUUUUUCUAGAUUGUUUUUCAGCUUUUUCGAAAAGUUUAUGAGGUUCAACCAGAAUUUUUUUCUUUCCAAACAUUCAAAAAAAUUCUUCAAACUAGAAAAUAUUUGAAUAAACAAGUCAUAAGCCACCACGAGGACUAUAAAAAAACCAUCUGAUAAAAUUUUGAAACUCGAAAAUUUAUUUUCCAGCGCUCAAACCUCGACAUUCGCCUCAAAAAGCUCAAUGAACAAGUCAAAAAAACAAUCGAACUGGUUUUUUCCAAACAUAUUUUCAAUAAUUAACCUUUUUUUAGAACAAUGAACGCCUUGAAAAAAAUUGGCGAGCACAAAAGGUUUCUUUCUUGAAAAAAAUAAAUAAAUAAAAAUUUUUUUCAGCGUUUCAAUCGACGGCGACAUUGA